AUGUUUAGCUAUUUACUUUUAUUAUUACCACUACUAUUAGUCGAUUCAAUUUCGAAUUGCAUCGACGUUCCCGGUGAACUUAUUCUCAGAGGAGAUCCCCAAAAUGGCGAGGACUACACGGUUUCAGGUACAUUGUCCAUUGUUGAUGUUUAUCAAAGAGAAAUUAACCUUGGAGAUAUUGCUAUUGGUGAAGAGGGACAAUUCUUCUUUACUACCACAUUUCCUGACUACAAAUAUGAUGUUUUUGAAUUACAAUUUCAAACUAUUGAAAACCUUGGAACUUCCCGCUUAGACUUCAGUAAUUAUGAGCUCUGGGAUAUGUCUAUUAAAAGCAUAAAUAACUUUGGUGAUAUGGCGCUUUCCAAUAAUGGAAUGGCAAAUUGCAAUAUAGAACUGUUAGUGAAUUUCAACGAAGGACGUAUAUUUCUUGAAAAUAAUAAAUAUUGGAGUUACCAAUAUGUAAAUGUCCAUUCUUUUGAAAACGAAGGGGAAAUCUGUCUUGGACCAGACAUUUGGUUAAAUGUCUAUGAGCAACAUCCCAAAACUGGACCAAACGGAUGCUUUAGUAUUUCUCUGGGAAGCGUUAUUGAGAUCCCAGGAGAGCUGCUUUCAACCUUCUGCUAUCCACUGGAGGGCAAUAAUAAUGUAGAAAUUCGGUUUUCUUCGCCCCCUUCCCAUCCUAUUAAAGUGGCACAGUUUGGUGGAACACAAAAUUAUUUGAAUACAUUACGUUUAGAAGAAUCAACACUCAGCUACAAAGCACCAUAUUUAAAUGUUGUGGAUUUUAAUCUUAAAAGCUUUACCUUUGACAUAGGAUACGGAUAUCUUGAGGAUAAAUUUAAGAAGGAGAAGUUUUCUGGAUCAACUUUCAUUAGAUAUAUGGAUCCUGUACCAGAUGGGGCUAAUGACUGCACCUGCAAAUGUGAGUUCACAAGUUAUACUGUGCCUGGUGCCCUACCCACAAUUUCAACUCAGACAUCGUCUAGUCGUACUCGGACACUUACAAUUACCACCUCUGAUAAUCGUUGGACAACAAUCGUUGACCCAGAUCCGUCAGAAACAGAAGUAACUACUACAGAUGUAGAGGAAUCAAGUACUAUUGAAUAUGAAUCGACUGAAUCAGUUCCAGAAUCCACUUCUGAACCAGAACAGACGACUUCGGAAUUCGAAUCUACUUCAGAAAUAGAAUCUACUACUUCAGAAAUAGAAUCAACUACGUCAGAAGAAGAAUCAACUACUUCAGAAGAAGAAUCUAGUACUUCAGAAAUAGAAUCUACUACUUCAGAAAUAGAAUCAACUACGUCAGAAGAAGAAUCAACUACUUCAGAAGAAGAAUCUAGUACUUCAGAAAUAGAAUCUACUACUUCAGAAAUAGAAUCAACUACGUCAGAAGAAGAAUCAACUACGUCCAAUGCCGAGUCGCUUACUUCAGAAGAAGAAACAACUACGUCAGAACCGGAACCAGAGACAUCCGAACCAGAAUCAACCACAUCCGAUGCCGAAUCAACUACGUCCGAUGCCGAGUCAUCAACUUCAGAAGAAGAGUCGUUUACUUCAGAAACAGAGUCCACCACUUCCGAAUCCGAGUCAACUACUUCAGAAGUGGAAUCAACUACUUCAGAAAUAGAAUCAACUACGCCACAAGAAGAAACAACUACUUCGGAAUUCGAAUGUAGUUCAGAAGAAGAAUCAGCUACUUCAGAACCAGAGCCAGAGACUUCCGAACCUGAAUCAACUACGUCCAAUGCCGAGUCUCUUACUUCAGAAGAAGAACCAACUACGUCAGAACCGGAACCAGAGACAUCCGAACCAGAAUCAACUACAUCGGUAGAAGAAUCAGCUACAUCAGAAAACGAAUCCACUACUUCAGAAAUAGAAUCAACUACUUCAGAAGAAGAAUCAACUACUUCGGAAUUCGAAUCUACUUCAGAAGAAGAAUCAGCUACUUCCGAACCCGAGUCAAUUACUUCAGAAGAAGAAUCCAUUACUUCAGAAACGGAACCCACUACUUCCGAACCUGAGUCAACUACUUCAGAGGCAGAAUCAACUAGUCCAGAUGCAGAAUCAAGUACAUUGGAACCACUAUCAACACCAGAAACCGAAGAGACUUCAGGUGCAACAUCCGAACCCUCAACGAAUCCCGAACCUCCUCAAUCAACCAACUCUCCCACAGACUCGGAACCAAGCUCUAGCCUGUUUGCAGAAGACUCAUCGUUCACAGAUCCAAUGACAACUAGUUUGGAGUCAGGAAUCAGUAGUGAUAAUGAAUCAACUAAUCCGGUAUACUCUAUUACAACCGACCCAGACCCAAUUGAAUCUGAAUCAGCAUCAGAUCCAGGUAUGAUUAGUAGUGUUGAAACACAGAGCAUAUCCGACCACUCGAAUGCUAGUAGUUUAUCUGAACCCUCAACCACUCCUUCCACGGUCACAACAAGCACUGCUACUUCUGAUACAACCGUGACAACCACCAUUGUAACGACAAGUUCAAUAACUAAAUCUACAUUGUCUACUUUAACUGUCACAACGACCAGCCAAACUGUAACAACUAUUUCGUCAGUUAUAACUGUAACCACAGGUUCUGUAAGUUACAGUACCGGGACUGUUACAAUUGUUCCAACCGUCAUCACCAAAACUAUUAUCGUCACUACAAGGGUUCCAAUUACCACAGCCGUUACUACUAUGACCACCGUUGUUACCACUAAAGAAAGUGGAAGUGAAAUGCCAACUGUAGUAACCAAGACCACUGGUGACGCUAGCAUUACACCUUCUGACGUUUCAAACAGUCCUUCGGGAUCAGGUACACAAAGUCCACUUCCAACACUGCAAGCUACAGCUUCACCUAUUGAAGGUUCUGGUCCUAGAGUUCUUAGUCAAGGAUUGUUACUGUCUGGAGUGGUGAUUGUUUUGUUUGGUAUUCUCAUGUAA